AUGCCUGGAGCAGCUGACAUCUCAUCGUCACCGCCCGCCGGCGGCCAUGGCCAGACCGUUUGUGUCACCGGCGCCGGCGGGUUCAUCGCCUCCUGGAUCGUUAAGCUUCUCCUUGCUCGGGGCUACACCGUCCGAGGAACCGUCAGGAACCCAGAGGAUCCGAAAAACGAUCACUUGAGGGAGCUAGAAGGCGCAAAGGAGCGGCUGACCCUUUGGGAGGCCGACCUUCUGGAUUUCCACAGCCUUCGAGCUGCCAUAGCCGGCUGCCAUGGCGUCUUCCACGCCGCUUGUCCAAUUACCGAUGACCCGGAACAAAUGUUGAGGCCGGCGGUGGACGGGACCAAGAAUGUGAUAAUGGCGGCGUCGGAGGCCAAUGUCCGGCGGGUCGUCUUCACGUCGUCGGUGGGCGCCGUGUAUAUGGAUCCCAACCGGAGCCACGACGAGGUGAUGGACGAAUCGUAUUGGAGUGAUCUUGAAUAUUGCAAGGACACCAAGAAUUGGUACUGCUAUGGGAAGACGGUGGCUGAGCAGACGGCGUGGAAGCUGGCGAAGGAGCUGGCGGUGGAUCUGGUGGUGGUGAACCCAGUGGUGGUGCUGGGCCCGCUGCUGCAAUCCAGCGUCAACGCGAGCAGCGUCCACAUCCUCAAGUACCUAGCCGGGUGGGUCAACACCUACGCCAACGCGGUCCAGGGCUACGUCCACGUCAGGGACGUAGCCCAGGCCCACGUCCUCGUGUUCGAGGCCCAGUCCGCCUCCGGCCGGUACCUCUGCGUCGACAGCGUCAUCCACCGCGGCGAGGUGGUGGAGAUCCUCGGCGAGCUCUUCCCGGAGUAUCCCCUGCCCACCAAGUGCUCGGAUGAGAAGAAGCCAAGAGCAGAACCACACAAGUUCAACUGCCAGAAGGUGAAGGAGCUAGGGCUGGAGUUCACACCGGUGAAGCAAUGCUUGUAUGAAACUGUCAAGUCUCUUCAGGAAAAGGGUCACCUUGCUACACUCCCGAAACGGCACUAA